AUGAACACCAUGCGCAAGCACUGGCAGAACAAGCACAGCUGGUCGCCAUAUCCCAGCCGUGGCCGUACAGCGCCACAAAAGCGUACGGCAGCACAGGAUGAGGUGGACAGAUCAUGCCAGAAGGUGCAGUUCCAGCAGGUAUUUGCAUCGCGCAAGGGCUCCCACUACAUACAGAUCCAGACUAAGGAGACUACUGAGCACACCGGCACGCCAGACCAGAACAGAGCCAGCCAUGUCAUUGAUGAGCUGGAGCGGUUUUACCGGGAACAGCAACGGCAGACCAGCAAUGUCAUCCAGGCCGGGGAGCACGAUGAAGCCAACCCAUGGCUGCGGCGGACCAGAUGGCCGGUGUACUUGACCAACAUCGCACCCAAUGAUCUGGUCAACUGCGUGCAGCGGCUCGAGGAUGACACCACGUGCCCAGAUGAACUGGCCGCGAGGGCCAUCUGGGAGGCCAUGGGUCAGGUUGCCCGUACCAGCCAGCGAGUCAUCACACGGCUGGGCCACUUCGUCCGCAUCGAGGCCAUCCGCACAGAGCGACACCAGACCCGGCACACCCCGUUGCAGGCAUACAUGGACGAGGAGAGGAGAGCAUCGCCGAGCACGUGA